AUGAGGGCCCCGCUUCUCCACCUCUCCACUGCCUUUGGCGCCUUGGCCCCGGUGAAGCUGCUGCUGCCGCUACUGAUGGUGCAACUCUCCGCCGUUCAGGCUCUGCUGCUUCCGGGAAACGCCACGCGCGUGGACCUCGAGGCAUCCGGCGCCCCGUGCGGGCGUGACUCGCAUCCCUGGCAGGUCUCCCUCUUCCAUAACCUCCAGUUCCAAUGCGCGGGUGUCCUCGUGGAUCCGAGCUGGGUGCUGACGGCCGCACAUUGCUGGAGGAAGAAGCCACUGAGAGCGCGAAUUGGGGAUGACCACUUACUGCUUUUCCAGAAGGAGCAGCUUCGGUCCACGAGUUCCCCUGUUUUUCACCCUAAGUACCAGCCUUACUCAGGCCCCAUCCUGCCACAUCGCUCGGAUGAACAUGACCUCAUGAUGCUGAAGCUGAGCAGUCCUGUGGUACUGACGGCCAGCGUGCAUCCCGCGCAACUGCCCUUCCGGUGUGCUCAGCCAGGGCAGGAGUGCCAGGUCGCAGGCUGGGGGACCACAGCAUCCCGGAGAGUGAAGUACAACAGGAGCCUGAGCUGCUCCAGGGUAACUCUCCUUAGCCGGAAGCAGUGUGAGGUCUUCUACCCCGGCGUGAUCACCAACAACAUGAUUUGUGCGGGGCUGGACAGAAACCAGGAUUCUUGCCAGAGUGACUCUGGCGGCCCCCUGGUGUGCGACGACACCCUGCAUGGCGUCCUCUCGUGGGGCGUCUAUCCAUGCGGUGCUGCCCUCCACCCGGCUGUCUUCACCGAGAUCUGCAAAUACGUCCCUUGGAUCCGGAGAGUCAUUCGUUCCAAAUGA